UUGCUUGUUCCGACAUGGUUGCAACCCAAUCGACCGUCUCUUCGAGCACAUUGACUGAGUCAAGUUCAACCGAAUCGAAUCGGAACACCGAUGAUUUGUCAACCUCAUUAUCUCUGACUUCUACUGCCUCGUCAAGCACCGUGGCAAAUACAAGUCCAUCAUCCACGGAAUGGACCACAGGAAGUCUUUCAACCUCUUCGUCUUUGACUUCAACUGACUCGUCAAGUACCUUGACAAAUACAAGGCCAUCAUCCACGGAAUGGACCACAAGAAGUCUUUCAACCUCUCCAUCCUUGACUUCAACUGUCUCGUCGAGUACCGUGACAAAUACAAGUUCAUCUAAUUCAGAUCAGUCAUCAUCGUCUAAUUCUGAUCCGUCAUUAUUACCUUCUUCAGAUCCGUCAUCAUCACCUUCUUCAGAUCCUUCAUCACCUUCUUCAGAUUCAUCAUCAUCGCCUUUGUCAGAUUCCUCAUCAUCACCUUCGUCAGAUUCCUCAUCAUCGCCUUUGUCAGAUUCCUCAUCAUCACCUUCGUCAGAUUCGUCAUCAGCUUCUUCAGAUUCGUCAUCAUCACCUCCUUUGGACUCGUCAUCAUUACCUUCUUCAGAUUCCUUAUCAUUGCCUUCGUCAGAUUCGUCAUCAUCACGUGCUUCAGAUUCGUUAUCAUCGCCUUCUUCAGAUUCCUCAUCAUCGCCUUCUUCAGAUUCGUCAUCAUCACCUUCUUCAGAUUCGUCAUCAUCGCCUUCUUCAGAUUCGUCAUCAUCGCCUUCUUCAGAUUCGUCAUCAUCUCCUUCGUCAAAUUUAUCAUCACUGUCAUCUGAUUCAGAUUUAUCAUCUGUGCCAUCUUCAGAUUCAUGGUCUAAUUCAGGAUCACCGUCCUUUUCCACUUCUGGUGUGUCCACAACCCGUUCUUCAGAUUCAUCAUCUUCGCCUUCUUCAGAAUCGUCAUCCUCGUCUGGCUCAAAGUGGUCAUCCUCCUUUUCUUCGGAUUCACCGUCGUCCAAAUCAGGAAGUUUACCUUCUAUGAGGCAAUCUUCGGGUGAGUCAACUUAUUCUGACUCCUCAUACUCGUCGGGGUCCGGUCCAUCAUCACUUCUGUUAAGAAAAACGUCGGAUUCGUCAUCUUCAGGAUCGAUUUGGUCAAGUCCGUCUUCAUCAUCCACAUCAAGACAAACUUCAGAUUCGUCAUCUUCAGGAUCGACUUGGUCAAGUCCGUCUUCAUCAUCGACAUCGGACUCGCCAUCUAGGAUGUUGUCGAUGUCGUCAUCUCUCUUAUCCUCGGAGACGGACUCACAUGGUCACGUAUUUGAAUAUGUAUGUGCUUGGCCAUCGUAUAUCGUAGCAGUGGAACCCGUUGAACUUGCUGGAGCAGGAGGAGAGGACAGCCUCAUCGGACCACCAGACGCAUACCCAUGUUAUACCGCCGCCCCUUCAACUGCACCCUCAUUCUCAUAUAUCAUCUUCGACGUCGCAGAGCCGAUGUUCGUACGACGCAUCGUGGUCUACAUGCUACGAGGUGUCGAGGCACUCGAGUAUAUCAUGUUAUACGACCUCGAUACGAGCGGAUUCGAGUACGUGUGGGAGGUCUACAACCCAAUCGUUACGGACUGCGAUACGGGCAUCAUCUCAGCAGAGCUCGAUUUCAACGAAAUAUGGACCGAUUCCGUAGCUCUUACAUUCAAUGGGGAUUGGAGUGAUAACGGAAUAGAGGUAGACGCGAUCCAGGUGUAUGGAACACGAUCAACACCCUCCAACGUGCGCAUCGUAGAGGGCGACUCACUGACCCUGGGGCGAAUAGAGGUCUUCGACCCUUCCAGAACCCUAUGGGGCACCGUCUGCAGAGGCGGUGAUCUGGACACCAGGACAGGCGAGGUACUUGCGGAACAACUCGGCCAGGAUGGCUUUGAUCGGUUCGGAAGCGACGGGGAAUUCCCACCCAGCUUGUAUGUGGCCACAGUGAAGAAUCCUCAGUGCGGUUUAACGGAUGGCAAUAUCCUCAACUGCCAUCAGAACCCGGGAAGUUGUGACAUAACACACGUUGGCAUCAAAUUCACAGAGAAUACAUUGCCUAUUUGCGGAGGGACGGGUUUAGAAGACAGCGAAGUCGAAUGUUCUUGUCACAAAACUAUAUCCAACGCCUACGGUAGCAGUUGCAUGGGCUACGGAAAGAAGUGCUCGCCAAUUUUUAUCUCACGCACCGGGGAUAUUGAUGUGCACCUGUACGUAGCUCCUACCGAUGCCACCUUGCAGGCCAAUGCAGAAACAACAAAAGUAAAUAUUACAUCUCCCGUGACUCCUACAACUCAAGGAGAAACAACAGCCGAAGAAACAACGUUUGCGGAAAGCACCGUCAAAGAAACAACAACGUGGAAUGUAACGUCUGAAACAGCAACAUUUCCUGGAACAACGGUUGGAAACACAACGUUGAUACCUCAGACCACGCAUGAAGAAACAACGUUGCCUGAAAGCAGCGUUGAAGAAACGGCGCUGGGUGAUCUUACUGCUGAAGAGACAACUCCAGUUGGAGUUACAACUUCAGAAACAACUUCAGGACAGAUUACGGCAGUCGAGGCAACUUUACCUGAAGUUACUGCUGCAGAAACAACAUUGGGAGAAUUUACUGCUGCUGAGACAACUUUAGUUGAAGUCACCGCUGCAGAAACGACGCUGGGUGGAAUGACCUUGAUUGAAGUUACUGAAGCCGAAACCACUUUAGGAGAAGUCACAACUGCAGAGCUGACGUCAGUCAAUAGUUUCACGGUAUGGAACACAGAAACAGUGUCUUCUGUUGAUGGAACGGUCGUAUCAGAAGCGUUUGUAACUGAGCUAGCUAGAGAAACGCUGGAACCUGAAGGUUCUGGAGAUUAUUAUAACAGCACAUUGAUGUUGCCAAUGGACUCUCACGACGGGUUGGAAGGACAUCCGGCCUCGGCCACAACAAGGCACUGCGCUAGCUUGGAUUGUCCAAAGAACUCAAGGUACAAUGAUACUGAACUCGUAGACUUGAGGGGCGCGUCCGUGUCGGCAUCCACCUCGAAGGUGAAUCACGACCCUGAGAAGGCCUUCCUACAACAGAUCAUCAUGGAUCCUCUGGACCUCGACUACCUGCACGACAACCACUUCCUCCCCGACUACGCGGAUUUCAAUGGAUGGCGCGCGAAAGACGAUGACAUCCAACAGCCCUUCAUCCAGGUGGAAUUCGACCGGGUCGUUACCAUCCAGGGUAUGGUCAUCUUAGGUGGACAGGGAUCAUCCGCUCGCGUGGAAACACUGAAGGUCGCGUACUCUGACACGAGGAAGUUCGCUUUGAAAUACAUCUACGAGGACAGGUCCACCAACCCUUUGGUUUUUCAUCUGGAUUACGCACCCGGAUAUGCUGAGCUGAUGCUAAACCCGUGGCGAGAAGCAACAGGACUUAUAUUAUUUCCACAAACAUGGAAGGAUGCAAUAUGGAUGCGAAUAUUUUUCGUGGGAGCAACCUACGAUGGUAGUCCAAUACCAUUUGGCAUGGAAAGCGGAACGAUCGGAAACGCCCUGAUUACGGCAAGCUCUUACCUCGACGAGGAUCACGCCCCCCGGGAAGGGGCGUCUCAACGGGCCCUCUGCUUGGUGUGCCGCCCCCGGUGACAGCAACCCCUGGAUAAA